UUUUUGUGUCGUUUCAUCGGUGUUUUCAUUCCACUCUUGCCGGAGUUAUAAAAUCCCAACGACAACAACAAGAUGAUAAAUGCAGAGUCAAAAUGAAAUUAGGUCAUCUCUCUAUUUGUGCCAAUUAGUAAUGAAUAUGUCGUUAAUUCUUCUCGAAAUUUAGCAUAUCGUUGAGGUACAACAAAAAGAUUAAUUGCAAAUUUAACUUUUUGGUCUACCCGUUGCGUAAAGUGCUGACUUUUCAAGAAAAAGGGCUGGUGUAACAGGAGAAUUUGUCUAUGGAAGAAAGUGUCCGUAACAAUCAGGUACUCUAUCAUUUCCUAAAAAAUCCUAAUUCUGCAUAUAAAUACUAAUAGAAGUCGAGAAGUCGGAGCCAACAGUACACCAGCCUCAUCAUGGCAGAUGGUAGUCCCACACAUACUCACUCAGAGAACCUCAGCCAGGAAGAGAUCUUGAUGGCACCUUAUACCUACAUUCUACAAGUUCCAGGGAAGCAUAUCAGGACCAAGCUAACUUUGGCUUUUAACCACUGGUUGGAUAUAGCAGAGGACAAGAUAAAAGUGGUCAGUGAAGUCACCCAGAUGCUGCAUAAUGCAAGUCUUCUAAUAGACGAUAUAGAAGACAAUUCCAAGCUGAGGCGAGGCAUUCCAGUGGCCCAUAAUAUCUAUGGUGUGGCUCAUACGAUCAACAGUGCUAAUUAUGUGUAUUUUCUGGGUCUCGAGAAAGUGAUAUCACUGCAGCAUCCUGAGUGUACCAAGGUAUUUACAGAGCAGCUAUUGGAACUCCACCGUGGCCAGGGGAUGGACAUCUACUGGAGGGACUCCUACACCUGUCCUACUGAAGAGGAAUAUAAGGAUAUGGUGAUCAAAAAAACGGGUGGCCUGUUUGGUCUUGCUGUGCGACUAAUGCAACUGUUCAGUAAAAAUAAGAGUAACUUCAAACCACUCUUAGAUACGCUUGGCCUCUACUUCCAGAUCAGGGACGAUUACGCUAACCUUCACUCUAAAGAGUAUCAAGCCAACAAGAGCUAUUGUGAGGACUUUACAGAGGGAAAAUUCUCCUUUCCAAUCAUAUAUGGUAUCAGAUCAGAGAAGAGCUCUAAUCAGAUCAUGAGUAUACUACGGCAGCGAACAACUGACAAUGAUGUGAAGAAAUACUGUGUGGAAUACCUCCACAAGUUGGGAGCCUUUGAUUACACCAAACAAGUACUCAUUGAACUGGAGGAAAAGGCAACAUCAAUAAUUGAGGGCCUAGGAGGAAAUCCAUAUCUGACUGGACUCAUUGGAGAACUUAAAAAACUUUAUCGAAAUGAGAAACCUGAAUCAAGUUGAUGAAGGCGAAUUCCUGGGACUUGUUUGCAAGACACAUGGUGGGCUAUUCAUUCACUGUGAGGAAAUGAUUCUGAACAUUCCAAUAUUGUCAACGUUGCAUAGAAAAUCAGUUAGACAACAAAGAGGUCGUUUCGAUCUUUGAAAGCUCCCUUUGCCCUCAGACUAGCGCAUGUACUAUCACGUAUCACACUAUAAGUCUUUUUCGUUUUUCUUGCCAUAACAGAUUACUGCCAAUCAGAAAUGUCUAUUGUCUUUAUGUGCAAUUACAGCUAUCAGAAAAUGUCAUCCUUUUUUCUAUACGACUGGAAUUAAAUGAUCUUUUAUUGA